UUGUUACUUUUUGUGUGGCAAGCAUUCAUGGUAAAAUGUCAAUUGACAUUGUUGUAAAACAGCUGCAAGGAACGCGUGUUGAUGUGGAGUCCGCCGCUCACACUAUUGUGACGCAGUUCAGGCAAUUAAAAAAGGACUCUAAUGACUAUGACGCUUUGAACGAAUCGGCCCUUCGGUAUGCUCUGCACAUAAUACGGGAAGUUUGUUGUGCACUGCGAAAGAAUUGCCAAGAAAAUGCGCAAGUAUAUUAUAAAAUUGCAGCUGUCUUGAUGCCGCAUGUGCUGCCCCAGGCCGUCAAGCCAAAGAUCUGGGGCGCUCACUUGACUAGUAUGCGGUAUAUGCAUCAUGCAUUUUGCACAGAGACAACUAUUGAUGUAUGCCAGAAAUUCUAUGCGCUGAUUACCCAGACGCCUUGCCAGCUGCAAAAUCCAACAGACUAUAAAUUAUAUAUGUCGAUACACAUGAAGCAUCUCAGCUACAGUCGACAUCUGAGACUUACAGAGCAGGCAGGGAAAGCGCUGCUCGCAUUAGGUGCGCUCUUUGAAGCCAUGUCUGUUCAUCAGGACAGCUGUUAUAGCCAUCUUUGGGACGAGCUUAACCAGAACUUGCUGGGUAAGAACAUCAGCACCUUGGAAGCUUUGCCAAUGCAGUCAUCUAAAAUGUGGCGUGCACUCUCCAAGCUGAUCAUCAGCGGCAAAGUCGCCUGCACAACCACCGAACAACACGAGUGGCUAAGCGCCGCACUCAGUUUUCUCAAACUGGACUGUUUGCAAACGGAUCAGCUGGGAUUGGCAACGCUGCUUCUACGCUGUAUGCGCGAUAAAAUUGCAGAGCCACGCGCUCAUAACUAUAUGCUGCAACUGAACUAUUAUUAUCUCAAGCAAGUCUAUGCCCCAACCCCAGAGCAUUAUGUGGACCUAAGCAGGAAAUUUUGUGAAAGCUACGCGCAAUCGCAACAGCUUGAACAACAGUUCCAAAUCGAUUUACUCUUUUACAUGGUGCGCAUGCAAAAGUUAAUCGCAAGCAAAUCAACGAUAAGCAAACGGUUCUGGCCGGAGAUGACAGUUGACGCAUAUGCCGCGCACUUUCAACUGCUGGAGUGUCUCAUUAACCAGAUGGCAAGCCUUGGGAAUGCCAGCACCAGCGUCUUGGCCAGCGACUGCGUGAACAGUGCAUCCUGCCAUAACGAACUCAAACACUGCGUCUUUAGCAUGGGCAUCGCAGCGUUGGCAGCCUACAGCCAAUGUCCGCCCAUGGAGCAGUCCAAACUAUGUCAGGCGGCACAACUUUGCCUGGCACGCAUUAUCAAGGACUGCGUGAAAGUGGCCGACACUCUCAAUUGCCUUACCUCCAAGAGUCCUGAGAUGGGCGUCUUUAUAUAUCAUCUAAGCAAUGUAGCCGACAAAGUGGAGACCACUACACAGUUAAGGCUGCUGGAGCAGCUACUUCAAUCAAUGAGCAAGUUGCGGGCGAGUGCGUUACUUGGCCCAUUAGAAUGGCAGCACCUGCUGCGUCGUAUAUACAAAGCAAGCUCCAAUUGUGUUAACAAUUUGGAGCUCUCUGUACAAAUUUUUAGCAGCUAUAUAUCUAGCAUUACCUGUCCCAGACGACGCUAUCAACAGUUGUGCAUCUAUUACCGCGGCGGCACCGAGGAGCGGCAGCGCUCUGUUAGCGAAGAAUUGCAACGUAGUCCGCUAUGCUGGGAGACACUGCCGCGAGAGCUUUACAAUAUGGACCUGUCGUUAGUGUUGGCUCUUAAUAAGACGCCUCAAUUGCUGCGCUCGCUACUGCGUUGUCGCCAGGAUGACUAUCAGCUGGUGUUGUUGAUGCGUCACAUGCGUACGGAUGCGGAGGUGUUGACGAAGUUGGAGGAGUUGCAUCAGCGUUUGAAACAGGCAAAUUCCUUAAGCCGCUUAGAGCAACUGCUAUUGGGACACAUGUGCGUUGCCAAGUUGCUCGGCCUUAGCGAUGCCCCCAAGCCAAAGAUACCCAUCAAAGACUUGACGGAGCGUUGCCUAGAGGAGGUGUUGGUCAAGCAUGAACUGCUUCAUUUGAAUAUUGCACACGAGCUGCCGGUGUUGCAAUUUGCCACUGAGGCUAUUGACGCCUUCAAAGCUUUCUACACACAGGCGGAUUCUGAGCCAUUGAGUAGUGAUGUCCUGCUGCUGGACUGGCAAGCGUUAAUCGAUGAUGCCAUAGUAGCCGCCAUUGCCUUGACCAACAUGGGCUACACUAUACAAGCAGACAACGCCUGGCUGCUGUUGCUGCAAAUAGGACGACAGCUUGGCGAUAGAUUCACCUACCUGCGUGCUCUCAAUCACUUUCUGGAACGGGGACCACAGCUUGUGCUUGAUUUGGAGGAAGAACUCGCACAUGCUUUGCCACUACUGGACGAUCUCUGGCCACAGUUGCAAGAGACUCACUUUACAGCACGCCAUCACACCAUAGUGCUGCUCUGCUUCUGCCAUUUGGCCAGCUACUAUCACAGCAUCCAUUGUCACAAUCAUGCAGAGCUGCUACUGAGACAAGCGCAGCUGUUGCGCGAGCAGUUUGAGGAGCGACACGACAAAUGCGACAUAAUACAGCUUACGCUGCAGAUGCUGCGCUUUCGUUUUAGCUAUCAGGAUAUACCAGCUGACAACGAUGAAGUCGCUUUAUCGGCGCUUCAUCACCUGGACAGCCUAGCGGAAAGUGUACGCAACUAUUGCAACAUCUCGUCCCUGGAUCAGAGCACAGUAUUAACGCUGCUUUGUCAGCUGGAGCGGAACAGUACCGAAUGCACCGCGAAUCGAUUAAGCGAGCGUCCGACUUUAUCGCAGAGCUUGUUACAAGUGCUGCUACAGAGCGGUUUGGUAAUGCGUAUAGUGGAGCUACUCACCUGCUGGCUAUUAACUAACUUACGUAUGGAACAACUGGACAAGGCACACUCCAAGCGGCGGCUUAUCGAGCAUUUUCUCUGCAUUAAACCGCUAUCCCAAUCGGCAAUUACUGCUGUGCAAUGCAAGCAGCACGAUCAACUGGGAGCCUUAGCGAGUCAGCUUUCGCUGCUGCAGCUGGACCAGGGCGUGACCAGCGUGCAGCCCAUGCGCAGGCAGCUUCAAUUGGAUCUUACGGAUACCGUCGCAGAUGCACUGCCCCUAACAGAUUCACGCCAGGAUCAGCUACACCAGCAGCGUCUUCAGCUUUAUAUGCAGAUGGAUGUGGCGCCACCAGUGCUGCGUACCAAUAAGCAGCUGCAGUGCAUCUACUUUGUCAUUGGUUGCUUGCAUGCGCGGCUCAAUUUCCUAAAUGACGAGCACGGGCAUUUAGAUGAGUUCUAUGCGCUGACCCAUGCCUGGCUAAUGGAGGAUACAAACCGACGUCAGCUUCUAUGUGCGCGAAUGCAGGUCAUGCAAAAUGUGUACGAGGCUAACUAUUGGCGUGCUAGAGAGAAUCAUAGUCAAGCCAUUAAACUAUUGCAGUCGGCAAUCAACCAGCAGUCGUUCCUGGAUGUCAACUAUCGAUACAAUUUGUUGCUACAGCUUCGCACUGAAUACAGGGCACAAGCGUUAAGCAAGGCCAAGGUCAAAAACAACAACAAGCUAAAAAAUGUUCAUAACGAUAGCGAACGUGAAUUUCAACGACGAGCGCUCACGUUUAAUACUUCACCAGAGAUGAAGUUGAAUGCUGAUACAAAAAGUAGCCGCACGGCAGUUAAAUUCGAGAUAUACAGCGAGGCAGAGGGCCCACUCGAUGAUCAAGCGACACGACCUCUAAGCGGCAGCAAAAAUUCCAGUGAGGAACAGCAGCACGAUUUAAAUGCCUGCCAACCCAUCGAGAUUAUUGACCUGAGCGCUUAUGAGCUCCCAACACGUGUCACCAAGCCAUGCAAAAAAGCAGCUGCAGAUAAGCAAAGCGAGUCUGAGCCUGAGCUUCAACGACGCGGGCGCAAGCUUAAUACGUCGCCGAAGAAGAAGUCGCUGGCUGGUAAAGCAAGCAAUCGCAAGCCAGUAAAAUUCGACAUAUACACUGAAGUAGAGGAUCAACUAGAGAAUCAAUUGACGCGGCCUUUGAGGAGCAGUGAAAAUUCCCCAGCCAGUGAAGGACAGCAGCGCGAUUUAAAUGCUUGCCAGCUUAUUGAGAUAAUUGACUUGAGCCUCUCUGAGACGCAAACGCAGUCAGAUACGGUAAAAACCCCACGGCGUCCCACAAGAGUACGCAAACAAGGGGAGCAAGUUAAGCAAAGCGAGAGCGGUUCUACCCGCAUCACACGUGGUCGAGUGCGACGCAAAGAGGCAGAUGAGUCUCAGGAGCCCACACUGCAUAACAGGCGACGUUGAAAAACCCGAUUGUUUGCAAUUUGACGUAAAUUAUA